UAAAACCUCUGUUAAAGUUUUUUAGUCACCAUGUUCUUGGUUCUCUCGAAUUACAAAGACUGUAGUGGGAGGGGUAAAAGGGAGAGGAAUCAUCUGAGGGAAGACUUCUUAGAGACAGACAGUUAACAUUAUGUCCGAAGGAAUGAAAUUUACCCAGUUUUCAGACUUUUUAAUAAUAAAUUCAGUUUGAGUUUUACUGGACUUUUCAGGAGAUGUGCAGAAUGUACCCUGGUCCUAAUAGCCAAGGAUAAAAUAUCAAUUUUUCUACAUCGUCUGUUUUGUGUUCUUUUUUUAUCUGCAACCAAUAUCACUUUAUAGAGACAUCAGCAGGUACGGCUUUAAAAGUCAGCAUCUUUGGACAUUGGUGUAGCAACCAUUUUAAUGAACAUUAGAAUGUUUAAUAACCAUUUAAUUCAAAUGACUAGUACAAGAUGCGUCAUUUAUGUUUUCAUUCUCACGACUGGAUACUUGAUAUGCGCUCAGGGAAAGGAUUUUAAUAACAGGCAAUUUUUCCAAAGACCACUGUCUCCAACCAACAAAUAUGCAGUUGGAAAUACCAUUUUAAUGAAACAGAAUGUCUCCAUACCUCGACUACCAGGAUUUCUGCCCCCUAUGUGCACAGGUCCCACAGAAAUCAGGGACACUUUCAAGUAUAUUAACACUCUAGUGUCAUGCCUUGUGUUUGUGGUUGGAAUAAUUGGAAACUCUACACUGCUCAGAAUCAUUUAUAAAAACAAAUGUAUGCAGAAUGGUCCUAAUAUCCUGAUAUCAAGUCUGGCACUUGGGGACCUGUUACAUAUACUGAUAGACAUUUCCAUCAACGUGUAUAAGCUUUUUGCUAAAGAUUGGCCAUUUGGUGUUGGACUUUGUAAACUGGUUCCUUUCAUACAAAAGGCAUCAGUUGGCAUCACAGUGCUAAGUUUGUGUGCACUGAGCAUAGAUAGGUAUCGAGCAGUGACGUCAUGGAACCUCAUUAAAGGCAUUGGCGUACCAAAAUGGACAGCCAUUGAAAUUAUUUUUAUUUGGGUGCUUUCAGUAGUACUUGCAGUGCCAGAGACUAUUGCCUUUGACAUUAUCACAAUGGAUUACAAAGGAGAAAACCUUAAGAUUUGCUUGCUCCAUCCCAUGCAGAAAACCAAGUUUAUGUGGUUUUAUAAAUCAGCUAAAGACUGGUGGAUUUUCAGUUUCUACUUCUGCAUGCCCCUGUUCUGUACUGCCAUCUUCUACACUCUCAUGACCUGUGAAAUGCUCAGAAAGAAGAAGGGGGUCCAGAUUGCACUUAAUGAUCACCUAAAGCAGAGACGCGAGGUGGCUAAAACCGUGUUAUGUCUGGUGCUGGUCUUUGCACUGUGCUGGCUUCCACUGCACCUUAGUCGUAUUCUUAAGCUAACCAUUUAUGAUGAAAUGGACCCCAACCGCUGUGAUCUUUUAAGUUUCUUCCUAGUUCUUGAUUAUGUCGGAAUCAACAUGGCAUCGGUGAAUUCUUGCAUCAACCCAAUUGCUUUGUACAUGGUUAGCAAGCGCUUUAAGAGCUGUUUUAAGUCCUGUCUGUGUUGCUGGUGCCUGCCUCCAGAAAUGUUGGCCAUGGAUGAAAAGCAGUCCUGUGUAAAGCUUAAGGUGACAGAGCGAGGAUCUGAAUAAAGCGACACAUUUGCAUCGCUAUACUUUAUAUCAUAUACGAAUAUGGGUAUAGAUAUAAGCAUCUGUAAACUGAAUUUUCCAUUUAGCUAAUUCUUUGAAAUCUGAGUAUUCUAAAUUGAUAUGCAUAUAUUGCAUGCAUUUUCUCAUGCAUGCAUGUAUCUUACAGCUUGACUUGGCAAUGAACUUCAUGCAAUGAAAAGGCCCUGCUUCAAUGAUAAUUUAACUAUUUUAAAUCCUGUUUACAGUGUUAUAGCAUGUUUAUAGCAGUGACGUUCACUGUAAAAUUAAAUAAAGCAAAAUCUAAAUUAAAUAAACUUGUUUAUUGUCAGAAAUUUUAAAAUACUUUAAAAAGCUAAUUCACACUGAUCCAUCAAUCACUAACAAACUCAGUAACCUAGAAUAAUGGUGUUUGUUUAUAUUUAUUGGAUUAGUGUAAAUUAGCCUCUAGAAAACACCCAUUAUGAACAUCAUGUAACUAUGCUUGGCUUUUUCCAGCAUCAUAUGUUAUGGCUUUAAUGUCUUGUGGUAUGAAAAUAACUUUUUACUAUUCAUAAAAGUUAACACAAAAAAUAUUGCUAUAUAAUAUCAGUUUGUCUUUCCAAUCCUUCCUAAAUACUUUAAUCUGCAUAUUGUCGGAAUGUCUGUACAAGUUACUCAACAACAAUAGUCCCAACAACAAUACAAAUUAUAGUGAUAAGUAUGUAAUUACAUUUUCGCAUAUUUCAGAUAAAGUCAAUUGUAAUGUAGAAGCCAGAGACAUUGCCAAACUGCUGUGGCCAGUCUAAAGCAACAUAUUGAUACUGGAAACUACGUAAUGCAACUAAAUGAGACUAAUAGCAUGUGUAUGUCCUUGUCUGCGAUAGAGUCAUGCGAUUCAUAGCAGCAUGAUUAAAUCACGUCAUGUGAGAAGUUUUUAAGAAACUGCUUUCUUUCAUGAUCUGCAAAUGCCCUUUUUAAGCGAUCAUCAGGCGCUGCAAAUAAUGUCAUGAAAGAGUCUCUUUGUGUCAUUUCAACUGAAAUUCCUGCUUCUUAUUCUCUUUCGUAUCCUCCUAAUCCGAAAACAACAGGCAGCACACACAUGGGGCCAUAGAAAGUUAUUCCAUGUGACCACUCGUUAUUAAAUAAGGAUGUCCACAGACAAUCAAGUUUUUUUUGUGUAGAAUAUAAUGAGGUAUAUUUAUUCAGAGAUGUGUGUAUAGAAACAUUGUGAUACAUGUUUCGUAUGAAAGCAGUGUUUUUGUUUUUGGGUCGCAAGUCUGAAAAUGGCUAUUAAUCAUCUAAACAAUUUGGAACUUUCCAGUUUAAAAAUAUUUAGAUAGAGAAUCUUUUGCUAUUGGUAGAGUGUAUUCCAGAAGUUAUUGGCUGUUUAUGUGUGCAUGCUUACAGAUUGCUUAGGUUUGUACAUAGAAUGUGUGCUUUUUUUUCAAUUACACUUGUAAACAACUGUCACAAAACACAAAAGCAGUCGUUGGUCAUUUAGGUAACAAUACACCGUUUUAAGAAUCAAGUUUAGGUAAACGUUUGAACUGGAUGGGUUUUACAAUUUCUGUUAUUACUUUGAACUAUAUGUAAACGUCUGUUAUGUGAAAUGCCUUCUUCAGGACAAUAUCAAACUUUUCAGAAUUCCUUAUAUUUUCCUUAAAAUCUCAACAUUUACCAGUUUUUGCAUUGUGUAUGUAAUCCUAUCAUAACAAUUGUGCAUUGUAAAUUGCAAUAUUGUCUUUGACGUCAGUUUUAUCACAAUCAGAAUUGUCAGCUAGC